UUUACUCCCCACCCUGACCUAAAACCCUCACCUUAUCUUCUCGUCUUCUCGACGCCUCCCCCCGGCCUCCCCGCUUCUCCUCGAAUCCUACCGCUGCUGUUUUCUUGCUUCCUUGCGUGCUGGCGGAGCAAGAGGCGGCUAUGGCCACCACAACUGACGCCGCCGCAGUCGCGCCCGUGGAAGAAGAGAACCCCGCCCCGGUGGCGGCGGAGGCGGCCGCUGAGGAGGACCCGACCAAGAAAGUCGAGCCGGCCAUGGACAUCACCACCGACGCCGCCCCAGUCGCGCCGCCCCUGGAGGACGAGAAACCGGCUCCAGCGGCGGGCGAGGAGGAGCCUCGGGAAUAUUCCGAGUCGAAGGAGAUCAAGGCGGGUCGGGGAGAGGAGGAGGAGGUGAGAUUGGAGGGGCACGGUGAGGGGUUUGGGGGUCCGGAGGCCGAGAACGGCGAGGCGAAGGGUGCCGGAGGAGGUGGUGACGGCGGGAAGGUGGAAGAGGCGGAGGAGGAUGUUAAAGGUGUGAGCCAGGGCGCGGCGGAGGCCGAGAAGGACGACGUCGGCGGAGAAGCUGUGGCGGCGCCCGCGCCAGCCGUGGAGUCCAAGUCGGAGACCGGCGAAUUGGGGGAGGAGGAUGCUUCUCUGGCUUCCCCUGAUGCGCCGGAAGGUGAUGAGAAGGGUGGAUUGCGGGAGGAGCAGGAGGAAGCAGGUGCUGCUGUGGAGGCCGAGGCUGUGGAUAAGGUAGCGGAUGACGGGCAGUCGGCAGUGGCCGAGGAGGAGAAGCGGGAACCGGAAGCUGCCAAGGGAGAGGAGGUAGUUUCUGGGGGUGGAGAUGUUGGUGAAUUGGGCGAUGAGAAGGAGGUUGAGUUCUCUGCUAGGAGCAUGGAGGUGACCAAACCAGAGGAUAAGGUGCCUGUUGCUGAAUCUAAUGGUGAAUUAGCUGACAAGAAGGGAGCCAGCGAUGAUGUGGUGGCUCUGGGAAGUGAAGAAGCCCUGGAAGAAUCAACUAACAAGGGUGCCGAUGUUGAAGACGAGGCCGCCAACCCUGAGCCAGCCAGCGAGCCGAGUCCAGUGGUUCUGAAUGAUGCAAGCGCAGAGGAGCCUGCUCCAGCAUCUGCAGACAGUGUGAUUGAGGAUAGCCCUGAGAAAGGGCAGAAUGCUGAAGGCCAGGAUGCUGCCAGUGAAGCCCCAAAGGAAUCAACUAACAUGGAUGCUGAUCUAGAAGAUGAGGCUGCCAAGGUUCAGCCAUCCAGCGAGACGAGUCCAGUGGUUGUGAAUGAUGGAAGUGCAGAGGAGCCUUCUCCUGCACGUACAGACAGUGUGAUUGAGGAUAGCCUGGAGAAAGAGCAGGCUGCUGAAGAGCAGGCUGCUGCCAGUGAAGCUGUGGAAGAUGCUGGUGCCAAGAAACUCAAAGAGGUUGAAAAUGGUGCUGCUGCUCCAGAGCUAGCUCCAGAAUCAAGCAAUGAAUAUAAUGGUGCUGAUGAGACUAAAGGUGCUACUGAGGUUGCUGACCAUGAAGAGGAGGCUGGUGACAGUGACAUAAUUGAGGCAGAGGCUGUGGCAGAUGUUGAGGAUGGGGUUGGUAAUGAGGCUGAUGAGGAUGAUGAUGGGGCAAACUCUGACACGAGUCCUGCGCGGGUUGCUAUCUUAGAGAGCUCUGAAGCUGCAAAGCAGAUCAUGAAGGAGCUUGCAGAAGGAUCCUCUCGUGGUAGUGUGUCUGGCUCAAGAGACUUCGCUGAAAGCAUGGAUGGGCAGAUUAUGCUUGAUGAUUCAGAGGAUGAUGAUGAUGACGAUGAAGAAGAUGGGGAUGAGAAGGGAUUUGAUUCUGCUGCCCUGGCUGCCCUUCUGAAAGCGGCCACUGGUGGAUCAUCAGAUGGGAAUAUCACAGUUGCUUCCCAAGAUGGUUCUAGAAUAUUCACCAUGGAUCGACCUGCUGGUCUGGGUUCAUCAGCAACUUCUCUGAGGCCUACUGCUCCUCGACAACCUGCUAGGCCAAACCCAUUCAGCCCCUCGGAGCUUGCGGUUACUGCUGAUCCUACUGAAGAGAUGACUGAGGAAGAGAAGAAGUUGCAUGACAAAGUUGAGUUGAUUCGGGUGAAGUUUCUACGUCUGGUUUACAGGCUGGGAGCUACUCCUGAAGAAACAGUAGCAGCACAAGUUUUGUACCGUUUGAGCCUUGCUGAGGGUAUCCGACACGGAAGGCAGACCAACCGAGCUUUCAGCCUUGAUAAUGCACGGAGGAAGGCCUUACUUCUUGAAGCAGAGGGAAAAGAGGAUCUGGACUUCUCAUGCAACAUACUUGUUCUAGGAAAGGUUGGAGUUGGCAAAAGUGCAACUAUCAAUUCUAUUUUUGGUGAAGAGAAGACCAGAACUGAUGCCUUUAGCUCAGCGACCACCAAUGUGCGGGAAAUUGUUGGUGUUGUGGAUGGCGUCAAGAUUAGAAUCAUUGAUACACCAGGCCUUCGAUCCAAUGUGAUGGAUCAAGGAUCAAACAGAAAGGUUCUUUCUGCUGUCAAGAAAUUUACCAAGAAAUGUCCCCCGGAUAUUGUUCUGUAUGUUGAUCGUCUGGAUAGUCUGAGCCGUGAUCUCAAUGAUUUGCCUCUUCUGAAAACCAUUACUGCUGUUCUUGGUUCAUCCAUAUGGUUCAACGCCAUUGUUGCGCUCACACAUGCUGCCUCUGCUCCUCCUGAAGGCCUCAAUGGUGCUCCCAUGACAUAUGAAGUUUUGAUGGCUCAGAGAUCCCACAUCAUCCAGCAAUCCAUCAGGCAGGCUGCUGGAGAUAUGCGUUUGAUGAACCCAGUAGCCCUUGUUGAGAACCAUCCUUCUUGCAGGAGAAACCGUGAGGGCCAGAAAGUGCUUCCAAAUGGCCAAAGCUGGAGGCAUCAGAUGCUGCUUUUGUGCUACUCAUCAAAGAUAUUAUCAGAAGCCAACUCACUUCUGAAGCUUCAGGACCCUAAUCCUGGAAAACUCUUUGGGUUCCGUUUCCGCUCCCCGCCUCUUCCCUUCCUGCUGUCCUCACUCUUGCAGUCAAGAGCCCACCCCAAACUUUCUGCUGAGCAGGGUGGCAAUGAAGGUGAUUCUGAUAUUGAAUUGGAUGAUUAUUCUGAUGUGGAACAAGAUGAUGAAGAAGAAGAAUAUGAUCAGCUUCCACCCUUCAAGCCCUUGACCAAAGCUCAGCUUUUGAGGCUCACAAAGGAGCAGAAGAAUGCAUAUUUUGAUGAGUAUGACUACAGGGUCAAGCUUCUCCAGAAGAAACAAUGGAAGGAUGAGAUCCGCAGGUUAAAGGAGAUGAAGAAGAGGGGGAAAACUGAUCUGGAUGAUGAUUAUGGGUAUGCUAAUAUCGCUGGUGAGAAUGAUCAGGACCCUCCUCCAGAGAAUGUAUCAGUUCCCUUACCUGACAUGGUGCUGCCUCCUUCAUUUGAUUGUGAUAAUCCCACAUACCGGUAUCGCUUUCUGGAGCCAACUUCAACUGUCCUUGCAAGGCCUGUUUUAGAUGCGCAUGGGUGGGAUCAUGACUGUGGUUAUGAUGGAGUAAGCGUUGAAGAGACACUAGCUAUCCUUAACAGGUUCCCAGCAAACGUAGCAGUUCAGGUCACCAAGGACAAGAAGGAAUUCAGCAUCCAUUUAGACUCGUCCAUUGCAGCAAAGCAUGGAGAUAAUGCCUCAUCUCUUGCUGGUUUUGAUAUCCAGACUGUUGGGCGGCAGCUUGCAUAUAUUCUCCGUGGUGAGACCAAAAUCAAGAAUAUCAAGAAGAACAAGACCACAGGAGGAUUCUCAGUAACUUUCCUGGGCGACAUUGUGGCAACUGGACUGAAGGUCGAGGACCAGCUCUCUCUUGGGAAGAGGUUGUCACUAGUUGCGAGCACUGGUAUGAUGAAAGCCCAAGGGGACACUGCAUAUGGAGCUAACUUGGAGGCACGCCUUAAGGAUAAAGACUACCCAAUUGGCCAGUCCCUGUCAACCUUGGGUCUUUCUCUGAUGAAGUGGCGCCGGGACCUUGCUCUGGGUGCUAACUUGCAGUCACAGUUCUCCAUCGGAAGGGGCUCGAAGAUGGCGGUUCGACUUGGUCUGAACAACAAGCUGAGUGGGCAGAUCACCGUCAGGACAAGCACCUCAGAGCAGGUUCAGAUCGCACUUAUGGGUCUCGUGCCGGUUCUAGCUUCCAUCUACCGGAGCUUCCGGCCCAGUGAACCGUCGUUUGCUUAUUAGCCUGUCAGGAACUACUUAUUUGAUCACCAUAUCAUUUCUCAUCCUUUACAUAUGAACCAUAUUUCCUGUCAUUUCAGUUUACUCUUUUGUAAUUGGCAGAUUGUUCCUGUCAUAAUUUUGUCUGAAGAAGGUUGUGAGUUUUGUCUGGAACUAUAGCUGAAUAAUGUCGAGGGAUCUAUUGUCCUUGUGGUUAUCAAUCUAUUACAGUGUUGCUAUUGCUAAAGGCUAUUC